AGAGCAAUGGAAGCAGGUUGUCAACUAUUGCUAUAUUUGGAUAAAAGGCGCUUAUUGCCAUACAUGAAGGAAGCAUGUGAAAACUUUUUGCAAAAGUUGAAUGACAAGUUUACCCGUUUCCCGCCAUUUCGGUACCUGCUUGAGAUCGACGUUAUGGAUCUUAUUGAUUUAGUUCCUGAUGUAGGAAAUCUUCUUUUGGAAGAACCGUUGAAAUUACAGCACAAAUUCAAUGAAAUUCUAUUUGCUUGUCUGCAAAACGUGAAUAAUUACACUCAUGGUAUAGAAUUUCCUCAAGUUGCGGUUACUUUGAGGUUGAAAAGUGUACCUACUUUUUUAUUGCGCACUAAUCCGCGUAAUUUCACGGGGUUCGUGCAUUUCCGAGGGCUUCUUCUAGCUAUUUCGAAACCUGCAAGUUAUGCCUACCAUACAGUUUGGUCAUGCCCCGAAGAGUGUGAAGGGAGCGAGGUAAUUUUACAAUACAUACCGAAAGUACUGCCGAAAUGCUACGUCUGCAAAAGUGUUCUCUUCGAAAACAGCGGUUUGAAGCGAUGCGGCGAAAAGGUGACCGCUACCUUUCUGUUAAAAAGACAAAUGCUUACAAAACAGUUUAUGAUCGUAGACGAUUUGAUCCCUAAACUAAAACUAGGAUCAAUUUACGAUAUUAAUGGAGUAAUACUGAAAAAGAUUACAUCAAUCUGGUCGAUAGAGGAAGUUCUGCCUUUGGCAGCUCCGGUGACUAGCCCGAUACCUUCAGACAUCGCGAAAUUGUACAGGGACUGUAAUAAUGGGAUACCGUGGUCGUUCAUAUACUGCCUCGCCUCAAGUUUAGGGCUGAACGUCUGUCCUUUGAACACAUUUAUGGAGCUAAAGAUCAGCCUUCUGCUGAGCCUGGCCAGUGUGAAAGCGAACGCGUUGAACUCUUCUAAGAUUAUUCACGUUCUCGUCGCAAAUUUCGAUACCAGAUACGUUGGAGAAAUCAUGGCGCAUGCUGCAAAACUUGCUGACCGAUCAGUCUUCUUAGGAACAUCUAACACAACUGUCUCGACCGCUCUGAUAGCGAGCUCUGGCGGAGUCUGUGCAAUGCCUUUACCGCUACACUCAUACAAACAAAAGCAGACUUCUGCUAUUUUAACUGCAAUCGAGAGUGGAGAGAUUUCAACGGAAACCUGUAAAACGGACUUACGAAGCGCAAUAUGGGCGCAGGGAAUGGAUUUUAAGAAGAUAAUACUCUUCAACGUAGCGAACGUCUUUGGGACGGUUUGCCGAGGCGAUUUAGGCCAAUACACUGACGAAGUUUUAGACAUGAUGCUGCAAAGGGCUGUAGAGCCAGAAGAAAUUAGCGAGGAGGAAAUCAAAGCUAAUAAAGACUUAGCGUCCUAUUUGGACAUGGUAGCUGGUGUGAAAGUGAGUCUGGAUGACCACACUGAGAGGCUUUUAAGGAACUACAUGCUAGCGGCCCGUAGAGAGAUGCCUAAAGGAGUUUCCGUUGGGAAUAUGGGAGCUUUAGUUCUGACAUGUCUGACAUCAGCCAGGUUAUGUGGAAGAGCUGUAGCCAAUAUUAAUGAUGCAGUAUUUGCUAUCUGGCUUCACAUCAGUGGCAGCCCUGAGCCAAGGAUCGCACCAGACGAGUAUUUACGACCUCCUUCGGAUGUGAAGAGAUUGGCAAAAGCAAUAGACGGGUUUAAGAAUUGGUUGGAGCAGUUUACAUGUAGCAUGAUGGAGAUUUUGUAA